AUGGCCGCGCAGCAGCCUGUCUUUGUCGUGAACACUGGACCUGAACGUCAGUCUGGACGCAAGGCUCAAGUAUCGAAUAUCACUGCUUCCAAAACGGUCGCAGAUGUGAUUCGCACUUGCUUGGGUCCCAAGGCCAUGCUGAAAAUGAUCCUCGAUCCUAUGGGAGGCAUUCUUCUUACCAACGAUGGGCACGCCAUCCUCCGCGAGAUCGAAGUUGCACACCCAGCUGCAAAGAGCAUGAUCGAGCUUAGCCGCGCGCAGGACGAAGAGGUUGGUGACGGGACAACCAGCGUCAUCAUUCUCGCGGGAGAGGUCCUGGCUCACUCGUUGCCGCUGCUCGAACGCAAUAUGCACCCUGUGGUGAUCAUUUCCGCUUACAAAAAGGCGCUCACACGCGCUCUUCAAAUCAUUGACUCGAUUUCUGUGCCGGUCAAUGUUGAUAAUGAUGAAGAGAUGCUGGCCCUGAUCAAGACUUCGAUUGGUACCAAAUUCGUGUCGCGCUGGUCCGAUCUUAUGUGCCGUCUUGCCCUCAAGGCUGUUCGCACAGUGGCCAGCGUUGACACUACGGUACCCCGCUCGGCAGAUCCCAAGUCUUCGCCGGCGGUAACGGUGGACCUCAAGCGUUACGCCCGCGUUGAAAAGGUGCCUGGUGGAGAAAUUGAGGACAGCCGCGUUCUAGACGGUGUGAUGCUCAACAAGGACGUAACACAUCCGAAAAUGCGCCGCCGCAUCGAAAGCCCGCGCAUUAUUCUGCUUGAUUGCUCCCUGGAAUACAAGAAGGGCGAAUCCCAGACGAAUAUCGAAAUCACGCGCGAAGAAGAUUGGAGUCGUAUCCUCGAGAUCGAGGAAGAGCAGGUGAAGCAAAUGUGUGACAAGAUUCUUCAAUUGAAGCCGGACCUUGUGUUUACCGAGAAGGGUGUCUCGGAUCUCGCGCAGCACUUUUUGAUGAAGGCGAAUGUGACCUGCAUUCGUCGAGUUCGCAAGUCGGACAACAAUCGCAUUGCGCGUGCUACGGGCGCUCAAAUUGUGAACCGGGUGGACGACCUCCGCGAAAGCGAUGUCGGAACUCGCUGUGGCCUUUUCCAUGUUGAAAAGAUGGGAGACGACUACUUCACUUUCCUGGACCGGUGCAAGGAGAACAAGGCCUGCACAAUUCUCUUGCGUGGUCCUUCGAAAGAUAUUCUCAACGAGAUUGACCGCAACUUGGCAGAUGCCAUGUCCGUCGCCCGCAAUAUUGUGUUCCAUCCAAUGCUUGCGCCGGGCGGCGGUGCCACGGAAAUGGCCAUCUCUGUGGGUCUGGCCCAUUUUGCUGGCAAGUCUAUGGAGGGCGUCGAAGUGGCAGCCGUGCAUGCCGUCGCAGACGCCAUGGAAGUAAUUCCUCGCACACUCAUUCAGAACUGCGGUGGCAACCCAAUCAAGACGUUGACACAGCUGCGUGCCCGUCACGCAAAUGGAGAAUAUACGUAUGGUGUGGACGGAAACACCGGCCGUAUCGUUGAAAUGAAACAAUAUGGCCUCUUUGAGUCUGCCUCUGUGAAGAUCCAGAUUCUUAAAACAGCCAUUGAGUCGGCCUCCCUUCUUCUCCGUGUGGAUGAUGUUGUCUCCGCGAAACGUGUGGACCAGAGCAUGAAUGCAGCGCCCCAGGCACAGAACAUGGCUAUGGCGGGCGGCGACGAAGGCAUGGAUAUGGGUAUGGCAUAA